AUGGAACCUAAGUUCACUGCUAUUAUUCAAGCUGGCCCUCCAGCAAAGACGGGAACCGAAGAACUUCCAUGUCCUAUCCUCGUUGAACUUUCCUAUGAGGGCCCGCAGUUAGACAAUGUGAAUACAUCAUACAUAUGUCGUGUGAUGGAACGAAAAUCCCCCUUUGGAGAUGAAGAACAAUUUUCUGAGGAUAUACUGGGACACAAUCUCGGCGACGAAACAAGUCUCAACGGAAUUAUCGUUUUCCGUGAUAUCCGUGUUCCAUCUUAUAAGUGUGAAUGUCAGCCUGUUAUUUUAAUGACACAUACGGACCUUGUUGCUCCUAAAACUAUUCCUGAAAUUUACCGGUCAACACACUGGUUUCCUGUCGACCCAAGCUUCCGGAAUACUGCAUGCACUCUAAAAUAG